GGGGUGGUUGAACAUUAUGCAAAUACACGUGAAUCACCCCAAAAGUGCUCUCGACUCCACUGCGCAAAGCGAAGCAAAGCAAAGCAAAGCAAAGCCAUCCUCAGCCUGAGCCUGAGCCUCCCAGACCGAACCGCAUGAACUCCUGGAACUGACGACGGAUUUUGAAUUUAGCGACAACGCGCGCAUUAUUCGGAACAUCCUCCGUGUCCUUGUGUCUGUCUUGGGUUUCGUGACGGACGCUUCACUUGACUCUACUGUCCAGUCCAGUCCAGUCCUGUCCUGUUGUUUCUGUCAUCGGUAAAUCUCAAACUCGCCCGUCACAAAAUCGGACUCUUAUCAUCAUGGCUGCUCUUGGCGAGGAUCUGCUCACCACAGUCAACAAGCUGCAAGACUUGGUUUUCAAUACCAUUGGCAGUGACUCUUUGGAUCUCCCUCAGAUUGUUGUUGUCGGUUCCCAAUCUGCAGGCAAAUCUUCUGUCCUUGAGAAUAUCGUCGGCCGAGAUUUUCUACCGCGCGGAGCCGGCAUCUGCACUCGUCGUCCCCUGAUCCUUCAGCUCAUCAACGUUACCGAAGAUGAAAACGCUCCCGACCCUGCAAGCGAUCCUUAUCGAUCCCCCGGUGCUGCUCGCCGUUCCGAGUGGGCAGAGUUCCACCACAUCCCCAACCGGAGGUUCAACGAUUUUGGCGAUGUAAAGCGCGAGAUUGAGAACGAGACAUCCCGAGUUGCCGGCAACAACAAGGGUAUCAACCGACAACCUAUCAACCUCAAGAUUUACUCUCCUCAUGUCCUUAACUUGACUCUGGUAGAUCUGCCUGGACUGACCAAGGUCCCCAUUGGCGACCAGCCUACCGAUAUCGAGAAGCAGACUCGAAACCUCAUUUCAGAAUAUAUUGCCAAGCCUAACAGUAUUAUCCUCGCCGUGUCUCCCGCCAACGUCGACAUCGUUAACUCGGAAGCCCUUAAACUCGCCCGCCAUGUUGACCCCCUUGGCCGAAGGACUAUUGGUGUCUUGACAAAGGUCGACCUCAUGGAUCAUGGCACAAACGCUCUAGAUAUUCUUUCGGGCCGCGUCUAUCCUCUAAAGCUUGGCUUCAUCGGCGUGGUCAAUCGAUCGCAGCAGGAUAUUCAAGGAAACAAGCCUAUGGAGGAUGCUCUCCAGGCCGAGGCUGACUUUUUCAAGCAUCAUCCUGCCUAUCGUAACAUCUCCAUUCGCUGUGGCACUCACUACCUGGCUAAGACCCUCAACACUACGCUAAUGGGUCAUAUCCGUGAGCGUUUGCCCGACAUCAAAGCCCGACUCAACACUCUUAUGGGGCAGACGCAACAGGAGUUGGCCAGUUAUGGUGACAUGCAUUUCAGUGGAAAGGAGCACCGUGGCUCUCUCAUCCUUCAGCAAAUGACGCGCUUCGCCAACUCUUUCAUUUCUUCCAUUGACGGUACCUCGACCGAGAUUUCCACCAAGGAGUUAUGUGGCGGGGCUCGUAUUUACUACAUUUUCAAUUCUGUCUUCGGCAGCGCACUUGACACCAUCGACCCUACAUCUAACCUCUCCGCCCUUGAUAUCCGGACCGCUAUUCGAAACUCCACUGGACCCCGACCCAGUCUUUUUGUGCCGGAAAUGGCUUUCGAUCUUCUGGUCAAGCCCCAGAUCAAGCUUCUGGAAAUUCCUAGUCAACGUUGUGUUGAACUUGUGUACGAAGAGCUGAUCAAGAUUUGCCACACUUGUGGCUCCACUGAGCUUUCACGAUACCCCAGACUUCAGGCCAAGCUCAUUGAGACGGUCUCAGACUUGCUCCGUGAGCGUCUUGGUCCUGCUUCAUCAUAUGUCGAAUCACUCAUCUCUAUCCAGCGCGCCUAUAUCAAUACUAAUCACCCUAACUUCCUCGGCGCAGCUGCCGCCAUGAGUAACGUAGUCAGCGCAAAGCAGGAGCGAGAAAGGAAAAGGCUGAUCCAGGAGGAGCGCGAGCGCAGAGAAAAGCGGCGUCUGCAGGAGCUUGAGGCUGACGGUGAUGGCCCUGAAAAUGAGGACGGUGUCAGUGGCCCUUCUGAUAAGCUUGAGAAGACCAAGUCAGGAAGAGCAAAGGCCACGAAGCCUCCUCGAAGCAUAUCGCCUUCUCUUUCAGUCCGAGAGAACGGAACCUCCAGCCUUGCUGCCACUAUGAACGCGACGCAUUUAAAUGGCACUCUUCGUUCAGCUUCACCUGCUCGACUCAACCAACAGGGACUCGGAGGUGCCCGAGAUUCCUUCUUGAACUACUUUUUCGGCAAGGAUGGCCAGACCAUCGGCGGUCCGCUUCCAAGCCCUGGCGCCAUGCCCAAUAUGCCCAACGGACGACAUAUCAGCCAAAACUCGGAGACUAGCUUCCCUAUUGUGCGCCGGGAGAGGGAGUUUGCCCGGCCAUCUACAGCGACAACAAUGGCCCCCGAGGAUGACUUGUACGAUAGAACAGGGAAGAACUACGGCUUGGCAUCCCAAAUGGUAAGUUCCGAGGAUCUACAGGUGCCCGGUCUCCUCUUCUCACACGAAACUAACCCCCACCACCAGGGUGAAUCCGCGGAGCCAGCUAUGACAGAUCGCGAGGCUAUGGAGACGGAGCUUAUCCGAGCUCUAAUCUCUUCCUACUUCAACAUUGUUCGCGAGUCCAUUGCCGACCAGGUCCCUAAAGCUGUUAUGCACCUCCUCGUUAACCACUGUAAGGACGUCGUUCAGAACCGCCUUGUUAGCGAGCUCUACAAGGAAUCUCUCUUUGAGGAGCUCCUUUACGAGGAUGAUGGCGUCAAGAAGGAGCGCGAGAAGUGCGAGCGCCUGCUUCAAACCUAUCGUGAGGCCGCUAAGAUCAUUGGUGAGGUGUUGUAGAUUCAGCACUGAUUUUGAUCUAUGGGUUUCUGGCAAAUGGCCACUAUGCGACAGCGUCCCGUUCAACCUGAGAAUAAUGAAGAUAAGAAGACCAGUAACAGCCAUAUACGGAUGGAAGGAUAGACUCGAAGGAGAAAGGCGGAACAUAACUUGGAAACACCAAACAGUGUCGAUCGCUUUUGGUCAAGGGCUCGGGCUCAUGAACCAAUCUUGACUGCUCUGCUCCUCAAUGGAGCAGAGCAUGAGAAGCAGAAUGAAGGAGAGAAACGAGAGAAGAAAAGAGUGUUGUAAUAUUGUUCUUUUCAUUAUCAUCGUUUUCCCUCUUAUCUUGUACAUCACCAACUGGCAUUGGAAUUGCGGCCAGACUCAGCUUUAGUUCCUGAUAAUGGCUCUGACGAGAAGACGGAUCGGAAUACAAGAGGAGGGCUUGUAUGUAUGGAUGUAUGUAUGUAAAAAAAAAGGCAAACCAAACUCGGCUCGUCGUCCUAGCAAAAUACACACAAUGUACUACUUUUAUAAUAUCUGUCAAACGAUGAAUACGUUCUCUGAACUGCUUGAGGAAGGGACUGACUUUAAAUGAAGAAAGACAUUAUACACA